AAUUUUUUUACUGCUUUACUUAGAGUUUUUUGUGUAAAUAAUUUGUUAAAUGUAUAAAAAAGGGUGUUUAGAUGUAAUUAAAGUGUUAUUUUUCAUUUUAUAAUGUCAAAUACUUCACUUGAAGGAAAACUUAAAGUAUUACAAGAACGCUUUGAAAAUGAAUUGCGUGUUCGAAGAGAGGAUGCAAUCCACAGCCAAGGUGGUCUUGGAGCUGCCAGAGCUGGCGGCACCCGGAGGCCUAGACCUCCACCCAUGUUCUCUACCAGAGACAUACCAGCAUUCCCACCAAGGUCACCUCAGGCCACUGACACUGAACACAGGAUGCGCGAGGUUUAUAAGGUGAGUGGUAAGCUAAAUGUUGAAGGAGUGGAAUACAGGUCCAGUAUAGAUGAACUACAACAACUAGGAGAAUUAGGUAGUGGCACUUGCGGACAUGUUGUCAAAAUGUUUCAUAAGUCUUCAGGAGCUGUUAUUGCAGUCAAGCAAAUGCGUCGCUCAGGGAACUCUGAAGAAACCAAAAGAAUUUUAAUGGACUUAGAUGUUGUAGUGAGAUCACAUGACUGCCCAUAUAUUGUGAGGUGCCUUGGUUGUUUUGUUACCGAUGCUGAUGUCUGGAUAUGUAUGGAGUUGAUGGCUUCUUGCUUUGAUAAAUUACUAAAGAAGCUUGGAGCACCAAUACCAGAAGCGAUUUUGGGAAAAGUUACUGUUGCUACUGUAAAUGCCUUAUCGUACCUGAAAGACACACACGGUGUGAUACAUCGCGAUGUUAAGCCAAGUAAUAUUCUGUUGGAUGAGCGUGGAAAUGUCAAGUUGUGUGACUUUGGUAUCAGUGGACGACUAGUUGACUCCAAGGCGAAGACACGCAGCGCGGGAUGUGCCGCGUAUAUGGCUCCAGAAAGAAUAGACCCACCGGACCCAACAAGACCAGACUACGAUAUUCGUGCUGAUGUCUGGUCUUUGGGCAUAUCGCUGGUGGAACUCGCUACUGGAGUGUUUCCUUACCGGGACUGCCAGAAUGACUUCGAAGUACUCACCAGGGUAAUAGCAGACGAUCCACCACAACUACCUGAAGGCAAUGAAUUUACACCAGAAUUCAAAUCAUUUGUAUCUCAGUGCCUAACAAAGAACUACAGACAGCGUCCGAAGUACGCGAAACUUCUGGAACACCCGUUCGUUGUGAAGUCGGCCAGAAGUUCCGUUUCAGUGGGAGAUUGGUACUCCACCUUGUUUAUUUGUGAGUCAAGUAAGGCUGGAUCCAGUUUAUCAGUGAAUAAUGGUGAUGGGCCUAUGACACCUCAACCUGUCAGGAAUUUUGUCACCAGCUCACAGCAUUGGAUGCCUGAACAAGUUACGCCCACGCCUGCAAGAGCGUGGUGGGCGAACAACGCCAGUCCCGGUGGAAGUAGUUCACAGCCAACUAGCCUAGAGGCUGAACUCUCAAACCACUCCCCUUACCCUAGGAGAAGAACAAUAGACGCAUGCGCAUCCCCCCCUCCUGCCCCCGUGAGGCGAGUGUCCACAGAUAACAGAUGGAGGGCGUCGCCAACGAGUUCUGGAAACACUAGUCCCAUAGUUCUGCAAAGGUUUUAUCAUCAGAGUCAACAGCGGCGUUCGAGAGUGGACUUGCACGCCACUCCCAGGCAUAGAAGUGUCAGUCGUGAGCACAGCGCUGGAAGGUCUCCAGAACCCCCGCCGAGGACCUCCCGACACGCAAGGCCACAUGUGAACGGCAGUAUGGAAUUAGAACCACCUCCCUUACACGAUAGAUUGCACCCACCAUCGCCUUUACUGCUUAACGAUAGGUUAUCAGAAGGAAGAAGUCAGAGCUUAACUCGGGCUGAGCUGCGCAACGGGUUCCGGGCAGAAAUAGCUGCACCUGCGCCUGCGCAUACGCACAAACAUCAUCACGAUGACCAAGGCUGGCUGCACUCGCUCGCCGGGCUGGUGAAGCGCCGGCUCAGCGGGUACGUCAAAUGGCAUCAUCUUGCAGCGAGGAGGGACAGGCCGCACGCGCACCACACGGCUGCCACGCGAUGGGGAACGAGUGAAAGUUGGUCGGUUCCUGCGUCGCCGUUACCGCCCCGUGCGCCGCCGCCGAGGCCAGCGGACUAACACACGGACAUAGUUGAACUGAAAAUGGAUAUGAAGCGAAGGAAUAUUGCGAAUGCUUGCUAGUUGAGUACAAAUGUUUAUAAAUGGGAAAUAUGGCUGUUAAACCUGACCCGUAAAUUCAAUUUUUUGUCUUUAUCGCUCUCGUGACGCUUUCCAAAUUAAUAAGAGACGGAAGAGUCAAAUGUUACACGCACAUGGCGGGUUUUAAUCGAUUUUUCUAUGAUAAAAGAAAUACUUUUGUGGGAAAAAAAUAUUUCAGCAGAGACGCUUCUUAAAUCCAUCUUUUUGAAGUUUACGACUUGACAGUGACAGAUGUCAUUUUGAAGUUUUAUGAUAUGUUAUAUAAAACCAUGCUUUUAUUUCCCAAGUAAGAUAUCAGUCGUAUAUAUUUAGGUCAAUGCGCAAUUAUUGUUAUAUACAUUAUUUUAUAUGAUGUUUUUCGUAUUUUGAGAAUUUGCAUUACAAUUAUUAAUUCAUAGAAAAUGCCAAAAAUAAACACGCGAUUAAUUAUCAGAAUUAUUAUAGUAUUUUUCGUGAUAGUAAAACGAGUGUCAAUAUGGUAUAGAGUACUUUCUAGUAAUUUCAGUAUAUUACAUAAUGUCCCAGCAAUAAUAUGCAAAGUCAAUAAAAUUAAUCCUCAAUAUUUUCACUUUUUUUUAAUGGCAAUAGUUAAUUUUUACUAAUAAAUAGUCUAAAUCACCAAACGAAUAAUGAAAUUUGGGAAUUAUAUUAGUGAACUGGGUUGAGCACGAAAGUAAUAUUUAUUAAGUGCCAUUGAGUUAUUAAAAUUAAUUUAAAUAGUCCUCUUAACACAUAUAAGAAAAUAAUAUAACAGCUAUUUUUUGUGCUGGUUUAAGAACGUUCAACCAGUCGUAAUAGCUACGUGUCGUUAUUCGAUUGGUAUGUUGCGAAAUCCGGGCAUAGAAUGUUAAUGUUUGGCUUUUGAUACGAGGAAAAUAUACGCUUUCACUGAAAAAGAUUGAAUAUUCGCGUAGAUUAAGUAACGAAUUGAGAAUUACUAGAAUUUUUUCUUUAAGCCUCAAAUAUCACAAAAAAAUUACUAAAUACUAAAGGCACGUUUAUAACUGCUUUCUUCUAUUCUUGUUUAAUCUUUCUAAGUUACAAUCGCCCUUUUAUGCCGUGGAUACUGUUACCAUGGUUACGAAGUUUUUUAAUAUGUAAAAUGGAUGAUAACUAGCCCAGUUUUUCAGUGUUUUCUUCAAAUAGUAGAGCGACUACUAUUCAACCUUUUGCUUACAAAAAAUGUUUUUUGCUGUAAAUGUGUACGAAAAAAUUAUCAAUUAUAUUAAUUAAUAAUUUAUUAUUACAAAAAGAAAAUGGUAACCAUGGUAACAAGCACGUUUAGUCCACUAUAUUUCGGAUUUCGUUUAUUUUCCUAAUUUCUAGUGAUUUUCAAUUUUUCAAUCUUUAAUAGCCGGCGACUGUUUUUCUGUAAUUUAUUUAGACUAAGAAUGUAUAUACUAGUAAACGCACUAUACGACAAGUGACAUAGAAUUUUGUAUCGCUACUAAUGAUGUGUAGAACGGCUGAACGGGUGUGAGUGAAUUUUUUGAGAUUGUACGGUAGACUAGAAUUCCUGAGAUUUAUUUCCGGGAGACGUCAACAGUACGCAGUCAAAUCGAUUGUUUAUACACGUUUGAAUAGAAACUGAGAUUAAUAUUUGCUUUUGGGAGCAUCAUCAUCAAUGGGUGUUGUGGAUUUUAGCCUUGUCAAGUAUAUUUCGCCAUCGCAACCCAUUUAGUGCUUGCGUCCAACUUUGAACCCCUAUUGCUUCGAGGUCAUUGAAAACUCCAUCCCACCAACGCAGCCUUGGUCUACAGGGUUUUCUAUUGCCACCAGGUUGUGAUUUCAGUUAGGACAUGUCCUAACCACUAGAACCUGUUUUUUCUUAUGAAUUGGAUGAUGUUGGUGUGGUUAAGGAUGUUCUUCAAUAUAGCGAAUACGCCAAACACAUCCAUCGCAAACCGAGGUAGAAACACUUCUAAGAAUCAAAUGUGGGAGGAAACUCGUUGCGAUGUAUUUAUUCAUUUAUUGUUACUUCACGCAGAGUUAAAAUGGGGACAUAAUUGGAAAAACUUUCAUACGGAUUUCCGUAAAAGACGUGUUACGUUUACUUAAGCAUGACUUUCGUGUGUCAAAAGUAGAUUUUGACAUACGAUAGUCAUACUCUGACUAUCGUAUGUCAAAAUCUGUCUUUGAUAUAAAUUUGAAAUAUAUACUGUAAGAAACGUAGAAAUAAUAGUAGAAUUUACUUUUUGCCACAGAAAUAUGUCUGAUAUUGGGAAUGAGGCAACAGCGGGAUUCCUAUGUAAAUAUCGUUUAUAGUUUAACUCGUGAACAUUUUAAAGCGAAUUUAGUUUCUUUGAAAUUAAUGUACAAAUGUAUUGUAUAUUGCGUUUGACCAAAUGUACAGUGUAGAAUAGUUUAGCUUUGCAAUAUCGAAUAUGGAUUUUUUUUUAUUUACGAAGUUUCUGGAAUGGAUUUUAUCUUCAGAUUAAGUUGUUGUAUCGGCCCUGUUUCACAGAUCAUUAGCGGAGACGAAGUCACUCAAUUAGCCCUCAUUACGUCAAUCUGAAGUUUAAACUUAAGUCAUUUUUUGUUGCAUUUUUGUGAGAUGUCGAAGUUAAAUAAAAAUCUUUUAUAUUUGAAUAAAUAUUAUUAUUUCGCGAUGUUAAGUAUUAGCUGUUUUACCUUUUUUUAUUUCUAUAUUAGAAAAUCAAUAUGCUCGUUAAAUUUCACACUGUGAACAUUAUUCUAGAUAACUCACAGAUUUAUAAAGUACAAAAAUAAAAGAUACCGUACGCCUAUUGGCUAGUAUAAUUUUUCAUACAUGUCAUUUUCCCGCGUUUAAAACUCACUAAUGAUUCGGAAUAUGUGAAACAGAGGCACGAUCUAAUAAUACUAUAGAAAUGUUCGAAUCAAAGUAGAAAAUUCAACCUUAAGUUUUAUAUGUUUCGUCAAUGAUAGACACCAAAGCAUAGACCCUUAUGGCGGCUGUACACACUCGCAUGACACAUUCGUAUCAUUAUUACUAUUUAGCGAAUAAAAAGCCAAUGUUAUAAGCCUAUAAAAAAUGCAAUACGUUAAAAAAAUGACACGACUCUGAGAUGGUUUUAUUUCAGUACGUCCUGUACGUCAAACACAUAAUGAAUUUUGACAUACGGGAGUACAAACAUUUCCCGGUAAAGAGUCGCGAUGAGGGGACUCAGUCAAGAUGCCUUAACAGUAGUGUAUGUAGAAAUUCGAAAACUAAAUUUGUAUGAAAAUGACAGUUUGUGUAGACAAUUUUUUUUUGCAUCUUGUCUAAGCACCUAGUACAGUCGCCAAUAGAAUAGCAUUUUUCUAUAGUAUUAUUAUGUGUAGGUAAUAUUAAGACCAUAGCAAUGUAUGUAACUGCUGCAAUAAUUAAUAUUAAACGGUUUUGGUAUGAAUAUAUCUUAACUUCAGCGUCUAGUCUUGUGUCGCAAUGUGCAGUUACAGAAUUUAUUGCUUUAAUUUAUAUUGUUUAUUUUGUAUAUUUUAUGUAAUUAAUGUGUAUUGAAAUAAAUGCGAAUUUAAUUA